CUCGUGCGCGAUAUUAUUACUGCUGCUGGGACACUUUUUGACACACGGCCGUAUAACGUCUACUACUACUAAACUUUGGUACGCCGCAUUUUCAAAGAUGGCUGAAGGCAGAAGCAACAGGCAUCACCCCCAUAAUUUGCAAGGUGUGCUUCAGAUGGCUGUGGAGGCCGGUUCUGCUUCUGAAGGUCCAGCUCCUCAAGAACCCAUGACACAAGAGAGGAUGGAGUUUCUGAGAGGAGCUCUUGCAGAAGUGUGUAAAGGACAGACGGAUGAAGUCGAGCAGAUGAAACAGUGUUUGGAAGUGCUGAGCAGAGAUGAAUGCAGGGAGAGAGGGAGUGAGGAAGAUGAGGAGGAAGAGGAGGAUGAGCGAGAGGAAGCGCUUGAAAUGCUUUCUGAGCUCUGCGAGAACUUGGACAAUGCUAGAGAUCUGAUGAAGCUGGGCGGUCUGGAAUUAUGUAUGUCACGGUGUCUCUGUCACUCCGAGGCCGGGAUUCGAUGGAGGGCGGCUCAGCUCAUUGCCAGCUGUGCCCAGAAUAUGCCAGAGGUGCAGUUCUACCUGCUCAACCAGGGAGCGCUGCUGACACUCCUACAACUGACAGACCAUGACGCAAACAGCACAGUUAGAGUUAAAGCACUUUAUGCAGUGUCCUGUUUAGUCCGGGAACAGGAAGCAGGUCUGCAGGAUUUCCUAUCACAUGAUGGAUUUUCAGUGCUGAUGAGGGGGAUGCAGUCAGACAGUGAGAAACUGAGAACUAAAUCAGCGUUCCUUCUGUUAAACCUUUUGACCAGUCAUCCAGAACACAAAGAUACAGUGUUGUCUAUGGGGAUGGUUCAGCAGCUGGUGUCGGUUCUUCGCUCCCCUCAUUCUUCUGUACAUGAACAUGUGCUUGGUGCCCUCUGCUGUCUGGUUGAGGACUCUCCCCGUGGUGUGAAUGACUGCAGAGAUCCAUCUCUUGGGUUAGAGGAACUGCUCAAUCAGCGAGUACAGGACCUAAAAGGGCGAGAGGAGAGCCUGGAGGAGCUGGAAUUUUGUGAACGUUUACGAGCGGCUUGUUUCCAAGGGCAACCCCAGGAGGACAGUGGAAUGGAUCGCUGAGGUCUGACUGGAAUUCCCUCUCUGUUCAAGAGAGAAAUUAAAACUAGAAAUAGAAUUGAUGAAGAGACAAACUUUUAAGACAAGAAAAAGAGACUUUUAACUCUUAUUCAGUUUCAGUUUGGCUGUGUGUGCUCUUGCAUACUUAUACAUCAUGAACUGUACACUAUCACUCUUGUUAUAUUAUGAAUAUGUACAUAUUGUAUAAUAUGUCAGUUUGUUAUUGUAAGUUAUGUGCUGUUUAGGGUCAGCUUUCUAAAUGUUUACUCUUCCUCCUCACACCUGAACAACCAUACAAAUGCAAAGCCAUAAUGUAAAACCUAACAUGAAAUUCAAAUAAAUAUUUUGU